UCUCCAUCUUCUCUCUACAGCCACCUGCAUCCCGAUCUAUACACCUUACAAUGGAUCUAGAAACUCGAGCUUCUUUGUGUCCACAGCUUCACCCACCUGUUGAUUGAUCUCUACACCUCAGUCGAUCCAGAAUCAGAAGCUUCUUUGCGUCAACAGCUUCACCUACCUGCAUCCCGAUCUGUAGACCUCAGUCGAUCCAUUCACAUCACAGCUUCUUAUUUGUGUCCACAGCUUCAGAGCUUCAGAGAGAUUCAUUUGGUGACUUCAUUUUCCUCUUACCCCCUUGUGUUUAGCGAUGUCACGAAAAGGAAAAGAUAAAGUUGGCUCAGUUGAAGGUGGUGACUAUGAUAAGGUUAGAUGGGACGACAAAACUACUGGAGUGCUAGUAGAAUUAUGCUAUGAGUUAAUGAAAUCUAUAAACAGGGUUCCUGGUAGUCGGAUCCCCAAGAUUGAAUGGGAGGAUCUCAUCGUCAAAUUUAAUGCCAAGACAAAAUUGUGUUGGCCAAAGCAUGCUUUGAAAAACAGAUGGGAUGCACUCAGAAAGGAUUGGACCUUGUGGACGAAAAUGAUGUCUAAGGAUACCGGUAUUGGAUGGAAUCCUGAGUUGGGUACGGUUGAUGCUACUAAUGAAUGGUGGGAAGAAAGAUUUAAGGAGAACAAGGAGUAUGCCAAGUUUCGCAAACAUGGAUUCAAGUUCAAACAAGAACUUGAGUUUUGUUUUGCAGGGACGUAUGCCACUGGUGCAUAUCGAAGGGCACCUUCAAGUCGUGUGGUACAGACUCAAAAUACAUCCGUGCGGAUUGAAAAUCAGAACCAGGAGGACUCAGAUGGUUUUCAGGCAUGGUUUGAUGAUGAACCCUAUGUGCCUGAUCCACCCUUGCAGGACUUGAACAUUGAUAUCAGCCCAGUACGAGUGGUGAAUGAACACCAUGAUGAGGUCUAUUCUACAGCUACGUCCCCGCUAAAAGUUCAGUCAGUAACACCAACACCUUCAAAUGGUAGCUUUCGUAAAAGGUCUUCUCAAAUGAGUGGUAGCAGGAUUCGCAAGAAGCAAGCCACCAACAAGGAUGAACACAUGGUUGAGCUGGUACAAGCUGUGCAGAACGUGGCUGGGAGAUUGAAUUCACCUUCACAUGGUUCAAGCAUGGGAGAUAUUGGAGUGCAAAGCCAGUAUGGUAGAGCUACUGCAAUUCUGAAGAAAAUGUUACAUGAACAACAUUUGAGUACAGAUUUGUAUUUAUUUGCAGUGGACUUGUUGCGGGACAACAUGAACAGCGAAUUCUUUAUCGACUGUGAUGAUUUACUACGAUUGCCUUUUAUAGAGAGGAAGUUUACUCAAUAUCAGAAUGGGAAAAACUUCGCCGGUUUGUGAAUUCUGAAUCUUGCUUGACUUGCUGAUUUUGUGGUUACAUUUCUGGGGUGACACGCAUUUUAACCACUAGUUUUUGUAUUAGGGUAUAUGUAUUAUGUUUAUUAUGGAAUGUUUAUUAAGGUACUAUGUAUUAUGUACAUGUUG